UUUUAUUUUGAAUGUUUUCUCCUUUCAAAAUUAAGGAAAUUAUGGAAAUUAUUUUCACAAUUGUGAAUAAUUAAUUCAUUGGUUUAUUUUUUUUAAUGAUUUUUCGGCUGUUAUAAAUUACAAAAUGAAUUUUCGCGUGAUCUUUUGGGUCCUUUCAAGUCUGGUCGGUCACUGUUUUUUUGAUUAUGCCCACGGAAAAGUGGCCGUUGGAGUGAUCAAAAGUAACUUAGGCUGGGAAUUCGUGGAACGAUUUUGCUUCUAUCCAAACAUUGGAAAACUUCACUUCACUUUCUCUUAUCCAGUGCAAUCGACCUCACCAAAGAUCCUAGUUUAUCCAGAUGCACUCUGGCCGACCGUCUAUAAGAACAGUUCUAAAAAUUGCCAGCAAAAAGUGGCGACAAUCGACAUCACCACCAAUCAAGUUUUCUACCUGUCCCCAGCCGAGGCUUGGACGAAUUGCCGCCUAGUAAAACCAGCCGAGAGUGCCUCCCUGAUUGACACUGGUGGCACAAUUAGAUGUAGCGCGGUCCUUUCAUUCCUGUCAUCCAGAGAGAGAUGGUGGUACAUGGUCGUCAGUGACUGCGGUCAGCCGAUCGAUCUAUCGUACGACCUCUUGUUCUUAAAUGGCGAUGGUAUUAUGACUAAACAUUUCUCUGCUGAUGAAUUUUAUAUUUUAGAAGUUGACAUUGCUUUUUUGUUCACGUUCGCCACCAUGUUAAUUAUGUCCCUGGUUUUCGCAAAUAAGCUGAAAGAAUUAAAUUAUCUUCACAUUACUUAUAAUCUUUUUAUAUAUUCUUUGCUCUUUAAAUGCCUGCACCUUUUUGUGAUUUGCAUCGGUCUGGGAAAGUUUUCAAGUGACGGAUUAGAUGUCUAUGGUGCCAAAGUUGUUGGUCAUGUGAUGGAGGCCAUUUCUUUCCUAAUUUUCAUCUUACUCCUAAUCUUGUUCGGGAAAGGUUUGACAAUAACGAGGGGGAAAAUAAGUAUGACGAGCAUGAUAAAGAUUACAGUCUUUAUGAUCCUGUACGUCUGUAUCUACGUGGCGUUCUUUAUAUGGGAAGCUGUGGUUUUCGACAGAGCUCUGGUACUCUACCGUUAUGAAUCCUACCCUGGCUACUGCCUGCUAGUCAUCCAGGUGACGGCCUGGCUCUGGUUCACUUACGCCACCUUUUUUACAGUUAAAAAUUAUCCUGAAAAGAAAUAUUUCUAUUACCCCUUCUAUCUUCUUUAUACUCUUUGGUUCUUGGCUGGCCCUAUAUGCGUGUUGAUUGCCAAUUUGGCAUUGGAUCUCUGGGUGAGAGAGAAAGUAGCCAAUGGGAUUUUUCAUACAAUUAAUUUUUUUGGAUACGCGUUCCUAUUGUUUUUGACUCGCCCAUCGAAGGCCAAUAAAAAUUUUCCGUACCACAUUAAAGCAACGCAGAUCGCCGCAAUGCAAGAAGACAGCAACUCUGACAACAACAACAACAACGAUAAUGAUAAUGAUAAUAAUAAUAAAUCUAAUAUUAAUGAUUUAGGCGCUAGUUAUAAAUCAGAAAAUAAUAAUAGUUGGGGAUUUCCCACAAACCGACAAAAGCUAAAUUUAGAAUUUUACGACAUUUUUAAAGCAGCCGAUAAUAAUGAGAAGGUCGCAGAAAAAUUUUGAAGAAAUUCGAUCCAGAAAAUCUCAUUCAAAACAAGAUCUGCACUAAUGUUACUGUGAUAUUAUCAUUAUAACUGCUAUAAUAACAAUAGUAAUUAUAAUAAUUUUGAUAUUUAUUGUUAUAAUUAUUGCAAUUAUAUUAUUUUUAUUAUUUAUACGUCAACUACUGCUGCCAAAAACUAUUUCUCUGCCAAACUUAAAUCUUCCACAAAGGGUAUUGCUAUUGUUAUUAUUGUUAUUGUUAUUAUUAUUAUUGUUAUUAUUAUUAUUAUUUAUAUUAUUAUUAUUAUUAUUAUUAUUAUUAUUAUUGUUUGUAGUAUUUAUUUUUAUGCAUUUAUUUUUUCAGUUUUCUUAUACCUUUCGAGUACCAUAUCAUGCCAAACUAUUAAAUACAAUUAUGUGUGUGUGUGUGUGUGUGUGUGUGCGUGUGUGUGUUUGUGUCUGUACGUGUGUGUUUGCGUGCGCGCGUGUGUGUGCGUGCGUGUGUGUUUUUUUAACCUAUCUGUUUUACACACAUCGGGGCAUUGAUGAUCUUUCGAGACGAAAUAAAAAUUCAUUUUUUCGGC